GCUUCAGGUGUGCGCAUGCGCACUAGCUUAAGCUGUUGUAUGUGCAUGGGAGAUUGAGAGUGAGUGUUUUUCUCCACCAAGAGUUUCAUUAAAGAUGUCCAGUAAUUAUGGCUACGGCUAUGGUCAAAGUUCCUUAUACGCUAAUUAUGGCUAUGGGGGCGGAGCAGGGGGUGGAGCUUCAGGUCAACAGGUGAUGCCACCUCCACCUCCUGUUGCUUCGGCUUCUGUUGGCUAUGGAGGGAGUGUUAAUCAAGGAUAUGGGUACAAUUACUAUCAGCAACAACAAGCAGCAGUAAACUCUCAAUAUGCGGCUGGGACUGCUCAAAGUUAUGCCACGCCUACAACUUCCUCAAACCCCACCCCCUCUGUAAUGUAUCCGACUGAUUAUUAUCAGUAUGCACGGGUUGGUUCCUAUUCUUAUCAGCCUCAAACGACUACAGCACCUCCGACCGUAUCCACUUCAUAUUCUCAAGCACAUACUUCAUAUUCUCAGACUGGUUCCUUUCAGUCUCAGACCUAUACUUCAUAUUCUCAGACUGGUACUGGUUCUUAUCAGCCUCAGACCUAUACUUCAUAUUCUCAGUCCGGGACUGGUUCCUAUCAGCCUCAGACCUUGACUUCAUAUUCUCAGACUAGUUCUGUCACUAAUUAUGGGAGCUAUUCCAUGGCCACAUCAACUCCUACUUCUGGUUCAUUUUCAUCAAUGACUCCACAGCAACAGAAGAUUAUCCAGGAUUAUGUUAGUGCUCGUGAAAGAGGAGGAGGAGGAGGAGGCAAAGUAAAGACACAGGCUGAAAAGAACUUUCUGAAGAAGAAGACUUAUGAUUCAGAGCAGAAUUAUUAUUGUGAAGUCUGUAAAGUUGGAUGUGGCUCUACCUUGACUUAUAAGACUCAUUUGGAGGGUAAGAACCAUAAGAGGCGUCUCCAGCUGCAGCAGAAAGCAAACUCUGCUCCACCUGGGACCAAUGAUCCUUCACUUAAAUGUGACGUUUGCGACAUUAUCUGUUCAAGCAAGGACAGCUUCCUAGCACAUGUUAGAGGCAGCAAACACUUGAAGACUGUUGCUCUGUUCCGUCGUCUCGGUAAGCCCCUUCCACCAAUGACCUCGGUCAAGGCACAGGAUGAUGGAGGCGUGCAGGUCACUGGUCCAAGGAUUACGUUUGUGGGCGGGAAGAAGCUAAGCUCCACUGGACUCACGUUGGAACCUAAACCAGAGGGGAUGCAGGUUUAUCCCCCUGGGGCUCCCGAACCAGAUGUUCCACCUAAUGUCAAUGAGACUCCCCCUGUUGUUAAUUCAUCUAAUUCUGAUGUAGAACCUGUUGGCCUUGAUCUAGUGAAGCCAGUUAAGAAUCACCCAAAGUCUCCACUCUCCUCCUAUCAUUGCGAAUUAUGUGAUUGCUUCUUUAAUGAUGAACUGGCUAGGAUCUCACACUGCAAAGGACGCAGGCACCGCAUCAAUUACAAGGAUGCCUAUGAUCCUACUCUAAAAGUUGAAAAGUAUAAAGCGUCGACUUUGAAGAAGAAACAGAAAGAUCGUAUGGCUCAGGACAAAAAGAGAAUCGCUAGUGGAAACUUUGGAAGAGGAGGAGGAGGAGGAGGAGGAGGAGGAGGAGGAGGAGGAGGAGGGAAGACAUGGGGAGGGAGAGGAUGGGGAGGGAGAGGAGGAAAUGCGAAUAAAGCUGAGGAGUUAUUUAGAUUACGUCAACAGGAAGCAUCAGCCAUUGCUGCACUGCAUUAUGGAGUAAAGGAGAAAGAUUACUAUCACCACCCUUCUGAUCCUUACGAAGACUAUCAUAACUAUCAUCAUUUCUCUGAACCAUAUCCCAGCAAUGAGGACUGGAGUCCUAACAGAAGUCUUGAGAUAAGAAAUCCUGCUGAUGAUAAGAUGGUCUCUACCAAAUAUGGGCAGCUCUAUCCCAGCGAUUCUGAAAUAAAGGCUAUUCAAAAAGCCGUUGUAGAUAUUGAAGCUGCUCUCAAGUCCUGCUCUGAUGAUUUGCUAAUGGAAACGUGCCAACGCGCUGCUAAAGAGAAGGACAGCACACUUACUAAUUUAUCCACUGUCAAGAAGGAUGAGGAAUUAAGAGAGAUUAAGGGUGUGAUGCGUGUUGGUCUUCAUGCUUAUGAUCUCCUCCUGAGGGGGCAGAUGGAGAUCCGCCUGGUCGUCAUUUGUGCAAAUGUUCCAACUAAGGAUCUUUUGGUUGAUAUACAUGAUUCACUACCCACUAAACUCGUGGCAACAGAAGAAGCUACUUAUCAUGUUUCUGCUGAUUUCAAGAAAGGAGAACUAAUGACUAUUUGUAAUACUGGAGACGUGACUGUGACUGUCUUCAUAAACCUCACAUCUUAUGCUAUUGAUGGAGCUUCUGCCUCACAGUUCACUGGCCAAGAGCUCAACCCAUCACUUUGUCUGUCCAGCCUUUUGGCAUUACGUCAGACAAACUGGUUCCAGGCUAACUGUCAGAGUAUGCCCUCCUUUUCUAUUGUCAUGAGGAUCUUCCUUGAUUUGAAGCGGAGAAAGGCGGCCUUCUCUGUAAUGAAUGAUUGGGUUUUGUUAAUAUUAAUUCACAAAUGCAUCACUAGUGCUCCUCCUAAUUAUCUCAGACCUGGUGAUAUUUUCAGACGUGUCAUUGAGUGCAUUGCUUCUGGAGUAUUUCUACCUGGUUACCCUGGGUUACAUGAUCCUUGUGGAGGCGUUGAUGCAGCUGCUAGUAUGACAGCACAAGAGAGAGCUGACUUGACACUAUCAGCUCAACACUUUUUGAGGCUGAUUGCCUUUAAUCAGUUACAUAUUGUACUGGACAUGUCUCCUCCUCCUAACUAUGCUCCCUACUCACUUAAGAUAUCACCAGACAAGAGUAUUGAUCCUGAUGAAGUUGAGGAGGAGGGAGAGGGAGAGUGGUCUAAUAAUGGAGAGGCAGAGGUCAAACGGAUGAAGCUGGAUCAUAUUUGACUCCUGAGAGAGAGAGAGAGAGAGAGAGAGACUGAGUCUUGACUGUAUAUAAUAGUAUCAUUAACAUUGACAGUAGUCAUUUCUUUUUUUUUGUUUUUCUUUAUUGGUCUUGUUACUUGCAGAAAAGUACACCCAUA